AUGGCUGCUGAUCGUCUAGAUCUUCUUGUUUUCGGAGCCACAGGUCUCACAGGAAAACACGCAAUCUCCUUCAUCCAUGAAAUUGCCAGCUCAAGGUCACUUACUUGGGGCAUAGCAGGACGAUCAGAGAAGAAAAUGAGAGAACUCCUCCAGCAAAAGGAAACCCAAUUAGGUCGUGAUUUAUCGCGCAUUCCGGUCAUUGUGGCAGAUAUCACUAACGAAGAAUCGCUGUUGGCCAUGGCCAAAAAGACCAAGGUGCUGCUGAACUGCUGUGGACCUUUCAGAUCCUUGGGAAGACCUGUAGUUGAAGCCUGCAUCAAGGCUGGCACUCAUCAGGUAGAUGUGAACGGCGAACCCCAGUACAUGGAAAAACUUCAGCUGGAAAAGCAUGAGGAUACUGAAAGAAAAGGUGUAUACAUUUUGAGCGCUUGCGGCCUAGACAGUAUUCCGUGCGAAUUGGCGAUACACCACCUCCAAAAGGAGUUCGACGGAGUUCUGAACUCCGUCGUCACCUAUUUCGAGAAGGAACAGGAGGGGAAAAGGCUUCCUGGAUGCGCGGCCAACUACACGACGUGGGCAUCUUCGAUAACGGCUUCAUCGAAGUGGGGCGAAUUGAGCAAUCUUAGGAAGAAAUUGUUCCGAACGAAAAUGCCGGAUCUGCAGCCGAAGUUACGCAAGAGGAUAUUGCCAUUCAGAAACGAUUUGGUGGAUGGAUGGAUGGUUCCUAUGCCAGGACCAGACCACUCAGUCAUAGAAAGGACCCAACGAUAUUUCUACGAGACGGAAGGGAAGAGGCCCAUACAGGUUGAAUGUUUUUAUGCUGAAAAGAGCAUGUGGAAUGUUCUAGUGCUCGCCGUUCUUUUUCUCCUCUUUUGCAUCCUAUGUAGAUUCGAAUUUGGAAGAAGAAUGCUGCUAAAU